UCAGCCCCUCCAAACCCUUCCCCAUCCUUGUUCCCCUCCUUUGGUCCAUCUCCACCACCUUUCCAUCCUUCUCACACUGUGGUGCCCAAAGCUGUCCCCAGCACUUGAGGAGAGGCCACCCCAGAGCAGAGCUGGACAGUCCCCUCCCUCAGCCAGCUGACAAUGCUGGGCUUGGGGCACAACUCUGAAAUUCAGCAUUUUUGAUGCACAACUUGGUCAACUUUUUCCUUCUAUUCUGUCAGUCCUAAAAUUAUAUCUCCUUUUUCUGUGUAUUACUUAUUUUCCCUGUCCUAAGUCAUAAACCAAAGGACACAAUGAACGCAAAAUACAGAAGUAUUUUAUUUCAUCUACCAGAAUGUGAAAAUUAUCAGUAGUUGUGGCACAUCAAAGUACAGGCAAACUAUUUCCAGCAGCAGGAUUAUAUGGUGGAAAAAUUAGACUUUCCAGGCACAUCCAGAUGCAGUGUGCUACUGGGAGAGUAUCCAAGUUUCUGUGAAGAGCAGAUCUUUGGAUACAAGGGAGUGGUAUCACAUCACUUUGGCUGCUUGUGUGCUUUAGGAGCAAUUGAGUUAGUCUGGAACUUUUAAUUUUAGGGUUUGGAUAUUUUAGCAUUAAACCUUAUGUCCUGAUGCCACAGGAGACAUCUGUUGGUCCUGUUGGAGUGACUGUAGGAAUGAAGCAGAUCAGAUUUUUUUUCUCCAUGUAGUUUUUGACAAAUAUAUAUUUCUGGCACAGUAUCUCAUUUUUGGUGCAAUAGGUGUUUGUACAGCACUUUGACAGUCCAGAGAAAAGGGCUUGGCAGGAGUGGCCUUGUGAGCAUUGCUGAUCCCUGGGAUUUUUGCACCAUUGGACCAAAGCACAUGGGCAGCAAUCACUGUUUGGGGAGUCUUCAUUGGCUUUCUUGGGGCCAGAAAUGCCAGUUGCAGUGGAAAAUUAAACCCACUUUGAAGAUCAGUAUAAAUCCAGUUGGAUCUUCUAGAAAAUUCAUUAUAGCUCAUAUUGUGAGGUAAUUCAGGUUUUGUUCACUCAUUUAUGAAAUUCUGAAUUGCUUUGUGGCCAUGAUUUCAGAACUGCUCCUUGCCAGAAAAGAGGCUUUAUCCAUGGGAAUCCAGCCCUGGAAUUCCCUCUCUGAGCAUGUUAAGCUCUUGUUACAACUACAAGGCACUCAGACUUUCUUUUUCCUCUUGAAUUAAUCCAAACUCCCCUCACAGUGCAGUGUCCUGUGCAGGCUCCUGGUUCAGAAGUGGUUUUUCAAGGGAAGUUCAUGUUUUAAAGUGUUGUCUUUGUGUUUGCAGCUGCCAAUGUGAAGUAUCAGAAGAGAACAGUUGGAACUUUCUGGGACAAGAGAGGACUGUUUAUUCUCUCAUACUUUGGUUUUAAUAAGUGAAGAGCACAAAGUAUUGCAAGUGAAGACGAGGAUUCCUCCUCCUGCCCAGGGCCUGUCAUGGAUGAGGAGACUCAGCACAGCCUUGAAUGCAUCCAGGCUAAUCAGAUUUUUCCCAGGAAGCAGCUGAUCCGAGAGGAUGAGAACCUUCAGGUGCCCUUCAUUGAGCUCCACGGGGAGAGCACAGAGUACGUGGGACGAGCAGAGGAUGCCAUCAUUGCCCUUUCCAACUACAGGCUCCACAUCAAAUUCAAGGAAUCUGUUGUGAAUGUUCCAUUGCAGCUCAUUGAGAGUGUGGAGUGCAGGGAUAUAUUCCAGCUUCACUUGACUUGCAAGGACUGCAAGGUUAUAAGGUGUCAGUUUUCCACGUUUGAGCAGUGUCAGGACUGGCUGAAGAGGCUGAACAAUGCCAUCCGCCCCCCGUCCAAGAUCGAGGACCUGUUCUCCUUCGCCUACCACGCCUGGUGCAUGGAGGUGUACGCCAGUGAGAAGGAGCAGCACGGGGACUUGUGUCGGCCAGGAGAACAUGUAACUUCCAGGUUUAAGAACGAAGUGGAGCGGAUGGGAUUUGAUAUGAACAAUGCCUGGAGGAUUUCCAACAUCAAUGAGAAAUACAAGCUGUGUGGCAGUUACCCCCAGGAGAUCAUCGUUCCUGCCUGGAUCACCGACAAGGAGCUGGAGAGCGUGGCCAGCUUCCGCUCCUGGAAACGCAUCCCUGCCGUGGUGUACAGGCACCAGAGCAAUGGGGCUGUGAUCUCUCGCUGUGGCCAGCCCGAGGUGAGCUGGUGGGGCUGGAGGAACGCCGACGAUGAGCACCUGGUGCAGUCCGUAGCCAAAGCCUGUGCCUCAGACUCCAGGUCCAACAGUACCAAGUUAAUGAAUGGGAAUUGUUCCAGAGAUCUGGCCAACGGAGGGGACCUCUCUGAUGUGGAAUUUGACUCCUCCAUCUCCAAUGCCUCAGGAGCAGACAGUUUGGCAAUCCAGCCUCAGAAGCUUUUGAUCCUGGACGCUCGAUCCUACGCAGCAGCCGUGGCCAACAGAGCCAAGGGGGGUGGCUGUGAGUGCCCAGAGUAUUACCCCAACUGUGAAGUGGUGUUCAUGGGGAUGGCAAACAUCCAUUCCAUCCGCAAGAGCUUCCAGUCACUGCGCCUGCUCUGCACACAAAUGCCAGAUCCAGGAAAUUGGCUGUCAGCUCUGGAGAGCACCAAGUGGCUGCAGCACCUGUCAGUGCUCCUGAAAUCCGCGCUGCUCGUGGUGCACGCCGUGGACCGCGACCAGCGGCCGGUGCUGGUUCACUGCUCCGACGGCUGGGACCGCACGCCCCAGAUCGUGGCCCUGGCCAAACUCCUGCUGGACCCCUACUACAGGACCACAGAGGGUUUCCAGGUGCUAGUGGAGACAGAGUGGCUGGAUUUUGGCCACAAGUUUGCAGAUCGCUGUGGCCACGGGGAGAAUUCGGACGACCUCAACGAGCGCUGCCCGGUGUUUCUGCAGUGGCUGGACUGUGUCCAUCAGCUCCAGAGGCAGUUCCCCUGCUCCUUCGAGUUUAACGAAGCAUUCCUUGUGAAGUUGGUGCAGCACACCUACUCCUGCCUCUUUGGAACAUUCCUGUGCAACAAUGCGAAAGAGAGAGGAGAGAAACACACUCAGGAACGGACCUGCUCCGUCUGGUCUUUGCUGCGGGCAGCAAACAAAGCCUUCAAAAACCUGCUCUACUCCUCCCAGUCAGAAUCUGUGCUGUACCCCGUGUGCCAUGUGCGGAACCUGAUGCUCUGGAGCGCUGUUUACCUGCCCUGCUCCUCCCCCUCCACGCCUGCCGACGACACCUGUGCCCCAUACCCUGUGCCAGGCUCUAGCCCCGAAGAGCAGCCUCUGGGCAGGCUACCAAAGACAAGGUCCUUUGACAAUCUGACGACAGCCUGUGACAGCAGCGUGCCUACAACCAACCGCCGCAGCAGCGACCCCAGCCUCAACGAGAAGUGGCAGGAGCACCGGCGCUCCCUGGAGCUCAGCAGCCUCGGCCCCCCUGGGGACGACCCCUUCGAGGGGGACGGGCUGGGCAGGCAGGCCAGGGCCCCCAUGGGGGCAGAGCUCUCUGUGGCAGCCGGGGUGGCAGAGGGACAAAUGGAGAACAUUCUGCAGGAGGCCACUAAAGAUGAUGUUGGGCUGGAGGAGCACUUGAGGGGUGGCCUGGAGGCAGCAGGGAAAGGGGGUGAGGUUGGCCUGGAUAAGGAGAAGAGAGCCGACAAUCUGUGUGGGGAAAAGGCCGAGGUGGAUACAGGUACCGUAACGAACAAUCCCACAGCCAACCCACACCCGGCCUCACGCAGUGCUGCGGAGCUCAGAGGGCAGCAGGACGAGCCCAGCGAGCCCAGCAGCGCUCUCCAGAAGGCACCUCAGGGGAGAGGACUGCAGGCUGCUCCUUCUGAGGGCUCUGGAAACAGAGAUGCUCCAAACAACACGGAGGAGGAAGCUGUUGGGAAGGGUGAAGGAGAAGUAGAGAGCCCGUACGGCACAGCCCAGGCCAGCCUUGCCUUCCCUUUGACAGCCCUGAUGGAGGAAAGGACAUCCAACAUCGAAAGCUCCACGGAAACUUUAACAGAGACCGAAGCAAAGCCCGAGCUCACGCCCAGGGCUUCGUGCCACAGACCUCACCCCUUCGACAACAGCGCUGACCAGCUGUCCCGAACUCUGGAGAACAGGCCGGAGGGGGAGUGCAUGAUAGAGCUCCAAAAACUGGGAUCAAGAGCACACAGGACUUCUGGUAGCAGCACCACACACCUCCCGAUGCCUUCCCCUUGUGCCUUGCCUCUAGCAGACCGCAAAGAUGAGCUGGUGUAUAAUGGGGAGCUGGAGCUGGAGAACAAACUGAUGGAGAAACCCUCGGGACUCACGGCCCCAAAAUUCCCCACCACCAACGGACACUGCGUCAAUGGCGAGGAUGGGCACAUCAAGGCCUCGCUGAGCCGCCAGGUGUCCACGGCCAGCUGCAGCUCUGCUCAGCUCCACCUGAGGAACUUGCACCAGAAAUGGGUGUUGAGCCAGCUCGGCAAGCAGCCGGCCAGCAGCCCGGACCAGCCAGCCCGCAGCCACCUGGACGACGAUGGGAUGCCCGUCUACAGCGACGUCAUCCAGCAGCGCCUGCGCCAGAUCGAGACGGGCCAUCAGCAGGAGGUGGAGACCCUGAAGAAGCAGGUGCAGGAGCUGAAGAGCCGCCUGGAGAGCCAGCUCCUCAACAGCUCCCUGCGCCUCAACGGCGACUACGGCGACGAAGUGACGUCUAUUCCCGACUCGGAAAGCAAUCUGGAUCAGAACUGCUUGUCUCGCUGCAGCACAGAGAUUUUCUCUGAAGCCAGCUGGGAACAGGUGGAUAAACAGGAUACAGAGGUGACGCGGUGGCUCCCGGAUCACCUGGCCGCUCACUGCUACGGCUGCGACAGCGCCUUCUGGCUCGCCAGUCGGAAACACCACUGCAGGGCUCAGUUCCCUAAACUUGAGCUUGGGACAACUCCCAGAGCCUGGAUAUACACAAGUCACCCACAGCCCCAUGAGGAGUUAAAACGGACUCAGGGUUUCAGGUCUGGCUCAAAUCUCCCUGUAGGGUCUUCACUCCUUCAGCUUCCACACAUGCAGUGACCCAGCUAUUGGUGAGACCAACACCACGAGUAUCUCUGUAGUAAAUGUUUACACCCCUCCCUGGGAGUGGAAAUGAAUUGAACCCCACAGUGUAAGGCCUUGAGCAGGGUAAAACCUUCCAGCUUCCUUGGUUGCCAGUGUUUGCUCCCUGUUCCUGUUGCCCUGAGCUCUCUCUCCUCCCUGCAGGGACACUGACCGAGUUGAUCAGCUCUGGUGAGCAUUUCCAGCAGCCUCUGCCCGUUGUCUGUCUGCCUUUCCUGGGUGACUUCUCCCAACUAACUCAGCUUUUCUCCCCCUUUGUUUCUCACUUGCCUGGAAAUCACCAGAACUAAGCUGGGGGUGGCCAGCACGAGCUGCUGGGGAUUGGAUCCAUGUGAACAGCCCUCUAUCCUCACAGAAAGGCUUUUAGGACUUGGCUUUUGGGAGCUUAACUGGGAUGUGGCUCAGACUAACACUCACUGUCAGUCCUUGUGUGUACUGCUCACUGACAGGAGACUGUCCUGCAAGUUUUAUGCUUUUAUUUUUGAUAAUUUCCAUUUUUUUCCAUAUGUUUUUGGGAGAGGGCCAUGUGUUGUCAAACAAUUCCAGUAUUGCUGUGCAGGGUGUUAGCAAAAGCCUGCCACUUAUUUUAGAAGGACUGAAAAGCCCACGGCUGGAACAGGUGCCACAGAGCUGGUGGAGGGUCAGGAUAACCAAAACUGGAUGAAUAUCUGAGAUUUGGGAUGAGGAGGAGGCAUGGGGAGUGUGAAUUUCAGCCCCCCUUCCUCAAACGAGCAACAUCCCUUUUCCAGCCUGUUUUUUAUGUCUGUUUUUUAAUCUCUGAAGCAAAGCAGGGACCACCGAGAUAGAAGGAUGAGCUGUCCAGAGCUUUCCAAAGUAGUGUCAGAGCACCAUUGUCUAGGAUAAAACAACAAAAACCCCAGCAUAUGUUAGCAAUGGUGAGCUCCAACAAAGAGAUCCUUGUUUUAAUCCCUCUGAUGAUUUUCCCCUCAUCCAUCAGUGAGCUGCUCUGGGAUAAUCAUUCCUUGAGCAGCGAGAUGAGGCUGUGGGAGCUGUGUGGCACCUCCCAGGGCCAUUCCCACUCCUGCAGGUUCUUCUGACAGGGAUUUCCAGCAGGGCCCUCCAGUCUCUAGAACCUUUGCAGAGAGGCUGGUCCCUGUCAGCCUUUGCGUGCCGGGAGUGGGGGAUGUGGGACUGAGGAAAUGAGCCCACUGAAGUGGGAAAUGGGAUUUCUCUGCUGCCUCUCUCCCCAUCAGUGACCAGCAGCUGGAAAUCUCCUUUCUUGGCAAGGAAAGAUUAAUCAGAGCUGCUGGGUGUCAGCAGAAUUCCCCGGGAGUCUCUUGGCAGCAGCAAAUCUCCAGUGCAGAACAACAACAGCACCAAAUCCUGAUGCCAAAGAGUUAAUGGAAAGGGCAAAACCCAAGUCCCUGGAGUGCUGCUCCCAGCUCCUUGUAGGAAUGGAGGACAGGGCACAGAGGGCUCACAGGUUUUGAGGGGGGCUGCAGAAGGUAAUUAAUGACUGAGCUGUAACGAGGUGCAUGUGCCGGUGCGGCUCCGCCAGUGCCGGGAAUGCUGCGCGUGCCCACCUGUGCAUGGAACAGCUGCCUGCCCACCCCGGGCUUUGCAUGUUCCUCCUUGGCUCAGUUUCCUGGAUACAGGAGUGUGGGACUGCUGGAGUGGCUGUGGGGGCAGUGGGAGGGUGGCAGCAACUGAGGGCUUUGAUAUUUCCAUGUUUAAACCUUUUCAGCUCUGAGCAGAGCCUGGGAGCAGAGUCCAGCCUGCUCCUAGCACUGCCACAUCCCUCCUGGGAGCCAGGGCUGGAUGAGCUGUGUGAGCACGGCCAGAGCCCCCAUUCCCAAUGUUCCCCACAUUCCCCAGGGCCUGGCUCAGAAGGGUCCAUGGUGGCUCUGCUUCAGCCCCUCAGCACUGUGCCUCAGCGUGGCAUUGGCACCGUGCUGGAGGCCAGGCUGAACGGAGCUUGGAGCAGCCUGGGACAGUGGAAGGGGUCCCUGGUCGUAGCAGAGGUGGCACUGGGUGAGCUUUAAGGUCUCUUCCCACCUAAACCGUUCCAUGGUGAAUGGCAGAGAGCUCUCUGUGUGACAAGAGGGCUGAACAGAGGCAUUUAAUGACCUGCAAUCCACACUGGCCCUGGCUCCAUGCUCCUUCCCAUACCCACUCCCAGGAUCUCUACUCCAUCCAUAGGAGGGAGGAGCACAGAUGUUGGAGCUGUUUCUGCCCAUGCCCUGUCCUGUAGGGAGGUAUCUCCCCAGUCCCAGCACUGGCAAUAUCUCAUUCUAAUUUUGUCAAACUCCUUCUGAUCUUUUCCAUUUCUCCUUGUUCCUGAUGCAAGGAAUUGUGGCAACGUGUUCUGCUCCAGUUGCUGUAACCAGAAGGUGCCCGUUCCCAGCCAGCAGCUCUUUGAGCCCAGCA